AGGUAGCGUAGGCGUAGUGCGUGCGACCGGCGGCGCAAUGUUCGCUGCCAAAAAGGGCAGACGAGUGAUGUGAAAAUUGUCAAAUAUUUUGUGCGAGAUAAUAUACCGCUGUGAGAUUAAACGUGUAAAGGAAUCUUAACAAUGUCCAGCACUCUAGAAAAUAAAAUAUUAGAUUUGCAAGAGCGCCUUCGAGCGGAAAAUGAAUCGAGAGAUAGGGAUAGGCAAAGCAGCGAGGUUGGCUUAGGAACGGGCCUGCAACCGUCAUCGUCUGGUUCUGCUUCAAGUCCUGCCGUACGCAGGCCAAAGCAACUUGGCGAAAUGGGUACUCCUACUCGAUUAAGAAGGCAGCUGGAUUUACCAGUAUCGCACAUGGCACCUCCAAAGAAACACGACAGUGAAUUUGAAUCUAAGUUGCAAGAAAUCAUGAAAAUGAAUGGUAUUCUAAAUAUAAAUGGUCAAAGAUAUCAAACAGAAAUGAAAGACUUAGAACAUCUAGGAGAGUUAGGUAAUGGUACUUGUGGACAUGUUGUGAAAAUGAGGCAUAAACCUAGUGGAGUAGUCAUUGCAGUCAAACAAAUGAGGCGUUCUGGUAAUGCAGAAGAAAAUAAAAGAAUUAUAAUGGAUUUAGACGUCGUAUUGAAAUCACAUGAUUGUCCAUAUAUUGUACAAUGUUUGGGUUGUUUUAUUACCGAAUCUGAUGUUUGGAUUUGUAUGGAAUUAAUGGCAACGUGCUUGGAUAAAUUAUUAAAAAGAAGUAGACAGGCCAUACCGGAGGAUUUCUUAGGAAAAGUUACAGUUGCUACAGUGAAAGCCCUUUCGUACCUGAAGGAAAAGCAUGGUGUCAUUCACAGAGAUGUAAAACCUAGUAAUAUUCUUCUUGAUGAAUCAGGAGGAGUAAAAUUAUGUGAUUUUGGAAUAUCUGGUCGAUUAGUUGAUAGUAAAGCAAAAACUAGAAGUGCAGGAUGUGCUGCUUAUAUGGCUCCUGAAAGAAUAGAUCCCCCAGAUCCGACUAAACCAGAUUACGAUAUACGAGCUGAUGUAUGGAGUUUGGGUAUUACCCUAGUUGAAUUAGCUACUGGUGUAUUUCCCUACCGAGAUUGCAAGACUGAUUUUGAGGUAUUGAGCAGAGUGGUACAGGAUGAUCCUCCGUCCCUCCCUUCAGAUGCAUUUUUUUCUAAGGAGUUUCGAAGUUUUGUCAGUUGCUGCCUUACAAAGAACUAUAAACAUCGCCCCAAAUAUCAUAAACUUAUGGAACAUCCUUUCAUCCGCAAGUAUGAUGUUCCACAAGAUGAGGAUAUAAAUUCUUCUUUAUCUAAUGCUGGCUGCCAGCAGUGGUUUGGUAGAGUUAUGCGACAACUGGAACCAAGUUUCAGGUUUCCAGAGGGACAGCAACGAGUUACUGGUCAUGUGUCCCUGAAACAAACUGUUCAUUUAAGGGUACAGUCUGAAAUACCAUCUUUCUUAAAAUCUAAUAGCACCAAAGAGACACAGAAUUCCAGUUUUCUACCAUUUCAUCAAAGAUCUAGUAGCGAAAAUGGUGCAGCUUAUGUAUCCUGUAGUCCAUAUGUGCUCAGAAGAAAAGAAAUUUCCAGGCCGUUCUCUCCGCCAAUGAACAACGAAGUUCAACAAAGCGAACUGAACUAUCAACGAUCAUUUUCACCCUAUAGACAAUCGAUUGAACAAAAUAAAGAUUUCGUUUUGAAUCGUUGUUCUAAUGGCCAAGGAAAAUCCGAGGGAAGACCAUUUUCACCAUAUAGACAAGACACGAAUAUAACAGACUCAGGAAAUAGACCAUAUUCUCCUUAUCACGGCGGACGUUACGAAGAACGAGAUAAUAGCAAGGAUCGAUGGCAAAACAUCUCACGAUCUUUGAGUCCUUUCGCACGAGAUUAUUCUCCUUGGCGGCGUGAGAAUGUUGAUCCUCCGGGUGUAAUACAACCACCUUGCGAAAGUGGUCGAUAUUCUCCAUUCUUACAGCAAAGACUCGGUCAGAUUCCAACUGCACCUCAAACUCAUCCACAAAGUCAGGAUAUAUAUGGAAGUCCUAUGAUUAGUCGUAAGAGGUUUCCUUCAGAACCACCUACUCAAGGCUCUCAUGGUUCGACCAGUCCUCAAUUAUUAAUAUCACGUUUCGCGCAUCAAUUAACACAAGAACCACCCCCGAUGCCACCGUCUCAAGGUGGAUCCAAGGAAUCUGCAAAGAAACGUUUUGCGUCGUACGUUCGUCUUAGGCUCGGAAGUGAUCGUGCUCCUUCACCGGAGCCACCCCCGAGAUUGAAUCGUGGCGAAUCACCCCUUGCUUUAAGAAGGAAUAUAGGAGAUCAGCAAUCUCCUUCGUUCUCCAGAAGGUAUAUAUCACCUUCUCCACCCCAACCUCCACCUAGGAGAUUGUCAGAAAGCAAUUCAGUACCUGGCAGCCCUCAGCACGUUCGAGCUCGUUUACGCUACACUCCCGAACCUCAAAGAAGACCUCCGCCACCAUAACCCACCGUUAAUAUUAAAAUCGAUCCCUUAUUGGUGCCAUACACGAAAAGAGUCAUUCGAGCAAUCACGUGCAUCUAAUAUAGGGAGAAUUGGGAGGGUGGGAAUCGUACUUCAACGAGGAUUCGCGUACAAAACAAAUUUGUCUUUAUGGUGUUCUUUCAUAGUGUGUGGAUAAAAGUUAAAGAAAUGAAAAAUCUUUAAUACUCGAGCACCUCGAAUUAAUUAAAAACUUCUACGGUUUAAAAGGGGCUUGUUAUUCGAGUCAUACAUACGUUUACAAUAAUACGGCGUCAAGGACCGUUCGUGUAUAUAUAAAAAAAAAAUAUAUAUAUAUAUAUAUAUAAACUCUUUUUUCGUUAUAAAGGGAACGGUCUGUGAAACUAAUCUUUGCACAGCUUUCAUGACCAUGACGUGUUGUAACGUGUGAACUAUUCUCAAUUGUCAAUGAUUCUCUUAUCGACAUAAUAUAUUUAUAUAGAAAUGCAAUACGAUGUUCGACUUUUUAUAUCGCUUGUAUAAACACGAAAAAAAAAGAAAUAAUAGGGGAAAACGUAAGUUACUCUCGAAAUUUUUCUAAAAUCAUUAAUCAUGAGAGGGAAAAUAGGAGGAAGAGAAGGAAGGGGAAGGGAAUUGGGAUUAGGAUUGAGUUGUAAGGGGGUGGGGUUGCGGCUGAAUCUAUUUACGUACCGAACGCGUAAACCGUUCCUAUUGCUCUUCGUUUACGCUUCUUUUUUGGGGGAAAAAAAAAAUAAAAAAUAACAACAAUAAAAAAAUAAAACAAAACAACAAUAAUAAAAUAAAAAAAGAUCCACAAGUACAUACGUUAUUUGGGUGAAAGACUGAUGAUAUGCGAAAAUCGCAAUCGCUCUCUUUUUCCCUAGACGGCCUUGCAACGAUGCUCGUUUAAUCGAAUCAACCCUCAGCGAAUUUUUCCACGUUUUGUUAUCGUUUGUAAUAUACCAAAUGAACUGCGGCCGUAGUUAGGAACGAUCUAACGCAAACCAAAUCGCAAUAAGAAGAUAAAGAAGAAGAAUAAGUAUCGUUCUAAACGGGUAUAUAUAUAUAUAUAUAUAUAUAUAUAUAUUAAAAAUAAAAGAAAAAUAUAUAUGUAUCCCGUGUAAAAAAAUGAAAGGCACAAUUUUCGCGCCUCUGAGACUAUAAAAUUUCUAAUCUAUGUAUAUUAUUUAAGAGAGGCGUGUGUUUUGGGCUAGGAUGCGUUGUAAUUAUUCUUAAUUAACAUUUAUUCAUUAACUUCGUGUAGUUGUACACGCGUAAUUUUUACUCUUUUGUCGCUUAUUUGACAAUGGAGGAUCUGUUGCAAUGUAAAUAAACUUAUAUUUAUAUGAA